AUCCCAGAGUGCACGGCUGUUUCCGGUCACUGUGGACUUCCGGCGACUCCCGAAGAUGUUGAGGCCCAAAGCCCUGACCCAGGUCCUGAGCCAGGCCAACACCGCGGGGGUCCAGAGCACCCUGUUGUUGAACAACGAGGGCUCCCUCCUCGCGUAUUCGGGGUACGGAGACACAGAUGCCCGGGUGACUGCAGCGAUCGCCAGCAACAUCUGGGCUGCCUACGCCAAGAACGGGCACCAGGCCUUCAACGAGGACAAGCUACGAUUCAUCCUCAUGGACUGCAUGGAAGGCAGGGUGGCGAUCACCCGUGUGGCCAACCUGCUGCUGUGCAUGUACGCAAAGGAGACCGUGGGAUUCGGGAUGCUGCAGGCGAAGUAUCACCACACUGGGGGUUACCAUUGCUCAGAUAUCGAUACCAUUGCCCCAUAUCGAUACCGGGGGCUACCAAAGCAGGUCAGAGGCUGGGAAUCCUGCAGCCAGUGA